CCGCAAGUGCCAGCAGGUGGCGGUUCGUUCUACACGGAAUGGACUUUCCUGUCGCAGACCUGCGGCAAGCGUCUGGUAACCCAGAGACCGACGUCUCUGCUUGGAUAAAAGGGAAAAAAGCCCCGACUAAACAUCUACCCCUAACUAUAUACUAAAAGAACACGUGACUACUCGUCACCUAAUCUACCUGUGCCUAACGCUAUCGCUCUAAUACUAACGCUACUACUGCCUACUGCGCUAAUCCCGUACCUACAUUUUUACGAAAGAGACCGGAUGUUGAGGUAGACAAAUAAAAAAUGUACGAGUCGGUCGAAAGACACGCCUGUUGUGAAAAGCCAAAAAACUAACUAGAAACAGAAGUAAAAAGUUGGGAAAGACCAUUACCUACAAUUCUGACAAAGCUGCCCCAAAUUUGAACUUGACUGACAGCGGAAGUCACACUUUUCAAUCUGACGACCCAUUGAACCAGCGAGUUUGCAUACACAAUCAGGCCGGACCUUGAUUCCGGAUAUGCGAAGGCUUUGUGAAAGUUUACUUAAGGUUAUUUCCUUCUUAGUUUCUUAUCUUUGAAUGUGAGUGUUGGGAUUUUAGUCGGGAGGUGGGAACCUGAAGAGAGGGUGGCGGAUGGCGAAGAACAAUCCUUGGAACAGCUACGGUAAGUGUAAGAAGAGGACUCCCUCCCCCCGCCAACCCCACUUAAAUUAUUAAAAAAAAAAAAACAAAGAAAGAAGGACCCACACCACUCGGUCUCCUGUUAUUAAGAGCACCAGACUGUAAUUACAUUUACCUACAUAUCACACACAGGCCGGACACCAGUCAGCAAAGCGGUCGAUUUGCGGUUUCCCGCCAGUCAGCGGCGGCGCAAGGGCAGACAACGCUUGUGCAACGAUGAGUGCAGACGGAGCAGCAGACGACAUCUCGCGCUUUGUGACGCUAGGCGGCGCUUCCAUCGUGCACGCGGGCCGUGCCGAGACCAACAGCAGCUUGGACGUGCACGCAUGCCAGCGUCCCGUCCCAUGGAGGAGAACCAACUGUCUGAUUAUUUCCUCUCCCAUCCACCCGGUCCCCACCUCCCCGUCUGUUUGGCCGAGAAACUUCAGUGACACUUGGCGCGCUGUCAGCAUGUGGCAGUGGCUGUGACCGCUCGGCGGUGAACCCACGUGACAACACUGCCACGAACGGAAAAUGCAAGUUGGCAAUCAACACACAGGGACAAACAAUCCGAGGACCAGCUUUGUUGGUGUUUACACAGUGAGAAGAGUAAACAACAGAGAAAGAAGACAUUGACGAGUGUCAGAAACUAGUUUUCAUUUUUUAAAAUCAGCGCAAAUGGACGUGCAUGAUGGCUGGCCUGAUGGUUUAAUAACUUCCUCGACAGAAGAUGGAUACGAAUUUUGUGUAUACUUUGAAAAGAAAGAAUCAUUAAGGUAAGAAGAAAGACUUAUCAUACUUUCUGAAUGUGUUUUUGGAAGCUGCAAUCGUUUUAGAAAAAGGAAUAAUUGUGUAGCUCUUGUUGAGCACAGACUGUGUGACACGAGCCCAAAAUUAGCUUUUGGAGUUGAGAAAGGAAUUUCUAAGAUGGAAAAAGAUUUCAGACACUGCUGGUAUUGUUUCGGCGGGCCAAGAUAUUCGAGGCACGAACUCUAAGAAAAAUAAUUAUUAUCUUUGAUAGUGGACGACGCUAAGCCCUCGAGGUAAAGUAAACUAAAAGAAAGACAGAAAGGAAACAGGAUGAAAGAAAGAAAGAGAGAGACAGACAGAGAUUAAGGAAAACUGAUAUUGCUUUCUCCGCAAAAAAUAAUUUAUUCUUGCUGGUCACGAAAACUGCAAAGUUGAAUUUCUGAAGAAAGCUGAAAUUAAGGUGACGCACACAGCUGCAGGCUUUCGACAUUCAGGGUCUAUAAGGAGGAGGAGGAGGAGGAGGAGGAGGAGGAGGAGUUCAGGUGGAUUUAAAAUUACCUUCCAGCGUCGAGAAAAUGAAUGUCGAGCUAUUCCUGCUCCACUACACGUAGGUGUAUAUGAAAGCUUUUAUCCCUACCCACUAGAAAGUGGAGUUUUAUGACAGUUUCUCUCUCGAUGACCAGCCUACGUCAUUUCCGGAAAGUCAUUAUCGUUAAAAUACCUCGUCAUGAAGGUUGCAACAUGGCCACAAGCAAAAAGACACUGGCUCUGAAAUAGAACCUGAUUUCCUGUGUCUUUAGCAAAUGAUCUUAGAACAGCCAUGAAGAGAGCAAAGAGAAGAACUAGACGGUCGCUGUGAACAUCUAAACCGUCUAUUAACAGUCGUCUGUUAAAGAAACCCAAGCAAGAAAACAAUGAAGAUAUUUUUUAAUUACUGAGAUAAUUUUCAAGCAAACAUGAGGAUUCUGCUUGCAUCGGCACUUCUGCUUUUGCUGCUUAGAGAGUCCCGUGGAGGUUCUGAUGCCUGGGGAGGACAGUUAUCCAGAGGCGAGAAGAGUCGUCGUGAAAUGAACAAAAGAUUUAACUCCGAUCUCCUCUUGGCCACAUCAGGGGACCAGACGACAAAUUCUAUUGUCGAGUCUGUUCUGGAAAGUUCAGUAGACAUCUACAAAACGGUCGGGACAACUGUAUCGGACGACCGCAGCGCCACCAGACGGUCUGAGGGGACAAGGGAUGGCGCCGAGCCGACGAGGACUAAAAGAGAAACUGUGUUUCCUUACUCGGCCAAACGACGCAUGGCUCGGUCAAAGUUCGGCGACAUCAACGUUGGGGCGCUGUUUCCGGUUCACCAGCAACCUCCAAUACAAACGGCGUACUCCCGCGUGUGCGGGGCCAUCCGCGAGUAUUAUGGGAUCCAGAGGAUCGAGACCUUCAUUAUGACCGUGGAAAAGAUCAACAAAGACCCCAGGCUCCUUCCCAACAUCACUCUGGGCUGGGACAUCCGGGACUCCUGCUGGUAUUCGGCCAUCGCGCUGGAACAGAGUAUCGACUUCAUUCGAGAUGCCAUCGCUAGCAAGACCAUCCGGGACGGACAGCUAGUCAGCACCCACGACUCCUCUUCUUCCCAGCCUUCGAAAGCAAAAACAGUCAGCGGCGCAGGGAGCGGCAGAACCAAGGCGGGUUUCGAUCCCAGCGUGGAAGACCGCUGCGGGUCGGGGCUUAAUAAACCUAUCGUCGGACUCAUUGGUCCUGGGUCCAGCGAGGCCACCAUCCAGGUUCAGAACCUGAUGCAGAUCUUCAACAUCCCUCAGAUCGGCUACUCGGCCACGAGCAUCGACCUAAGCGAUAAAAAUGUGCACAAGUACUUUUUGAGAGUGGUUCCCCCUGACAAUUAUCAAGUACAGGUACUGGUGGACCUCGUCCUGGCCUUCAAUUGGACUUAUAUUUCUACCGUGCAUUCCGAUGGUAACUAUGGACUUCGGGGCAUGGAGAUGUUCACUGACAAUGCCAGAAACUUCAACGUGUGCAUCGCUUCCUCAGACAGCGUGGCCAGCUCGGACAGCGACCUGGAGUUCGGCCGCGUGGUGGAGACACUGAAGAAGACGCCUAAGGCCACGGUGGUCAUCUGCUUCUGCGAGGGCAUCACAGUGCAGAAACUGCUCAAGGCCCUGAAGGACAAGAAGGUCGACGGAAAGUUCCUCAUCAUCGGAAGCGAUGGUUGGGGCAACCGGCUGGACGUGGUCAGGGGGCAGGAGGAGACGGCAGCUGGGGGCAUCUCUGUCAAGCUCCACUCGCCCCCUUACCCUGGCUUCGACGAGCAUUACGCCUCCCUCAAGCCCAACAAAACCACCUCCGAGAGGAACCCUUGGUUCAACGAAUUCUGGCAGCAAAAGUUCAAAUGUUAUCUGCCAGGGGAGGAGAGGAACACUGCAUUCCAGACACCUUGCACAGGCAACGAGUCCCUGCAUGGCUCGGACCAGGAUUCCAAGCUGGCUUUCGUAGCCAACGCCGUGGAGACUAUGGCGAGGGCUCUGGAUGACAUGCACCGCGACCUGUGCGGCGGAAAGCCUGGACUGUGCCCGCGCAUGACCCCUGUCAACGGCACUCUGUUCCUGGAGUACCUACUAAACGUGUCCUUCGUCAGCUACAGCGGCCAGGACAUUCAUUUUGACAUCAACGGGGACCCACCUGGCUAUUACGAGAUAUUGAAUUACCAGCCGUACUACACGACCGACAAUAACCUGACCUAUAAAUACGUCACCAUCGGGCGAUGGACGAUGGGCAACCUGGAGUUGAACGAGAGCGCCAUCUACUGGCCCGGCAAAGACCACACCAAAGCAUUCCGGUCAGCCUGCAGUGAGCCCUGCAAAGUUGGGUUUGUAAAGGAGGGGGUUGGGUCAGAUGGCAUCACGUGCUGCUGGGUGUGUGUCCCGUGCAAAGAGAAUGAGAUCGUCGUGGACGAAGCCCACUGUCAGGCUUGUGACCUGGGCUGGUGGCCCAACAGCCAGCAGACGGAGUGUCUGCUGAUCCCCGUGGACUUCGUCACGUGGCACCACACUGGCUCCGUGGUGGUGAUGGCUCUGGCGUGUGUGGGUUUGUUUUUCACCGCCUGGGUGGCCGGCAUCUUCAUUCGCUCUCACGACACUCCAGUUGUCAAGGCCUCCACCCGGGAGCUCUCCUACAUCCUCCUGAUCGGCAUCGCGCUGGCUUUCUCUUGCAACUUUCUCCUGGUGGCCAAGCCUGGCCGUGUCAUCUGCUACAUGUCCCGCAUCGUCCCCGGACUCGCCUUCUCCUUGAUGUACGGAGCUCUGGUCACGCGGACCAAUCGCAUCGCUCGAAUCCUAGAAGGCAGCAAGCGCAUCAUGACUAAGAAACCGCGCUUCAUGAGCGCCACCGCGCAGGUCGUCAUCACGGGCAUCAUCAUCGGAGUGGAAUGUGUCAUCAUCACCACGAUGUUGGUGGUGGAACCAGCCGACUCCAUGAUGGACUACUCCGUGGCUCGACGGGUGAGGUUGGUCUGCAACACCUCCAGCCUGGGCAUCAUCGUUCCGCUGGGAUUCGACCUCUUCCUCAUCUUCAUGUGCACGCUGUAUGCGGUCAAGACGAGGAACCUGCCCGAGAACUUCAACGAGGCCAAGUUCAUCGGCUUCACCAUGUACACCACCUGCGUCAUCUGGCUCGGCUUCUUCCCCAUCUACUUCGGGGGCGAGAACAAGGAGGUGACGAUGAGUAUCUCCAUCUCACUCAGCGCUGCCAUCGCGCUGCUUCUUCUAUUCUUUCCUAAGGUCUACAUCAUCCUGUGGGCGCCCGAGAAGAACACCCGGGGUGCGUUCACCACUUCUAAAGACGUGCGCUGUCACAUUGGCUCCAAGUCCGUGCCUUCCUCCGACAGCAUGGAGUUCAGGGAAGGCAAGUAUGAGAUCAUCCGUCCUGACGGCAAAGUAUCGAAGGCGUGGCGGCAGAAGUCGUUGGACGAGAAGAAGCUGCGGUUCGUGAUGAAGCGCUCCAGCAUGCCCCUGCAAGCCUCCGAUGCCAGCUACGUCAACCACGGCGUCCUGACCAAUCACAAGACACCCUCCGGCAGCCGCUGCAAGUACGAUGCCAAAAGCGGUUCCAGAAAAGCCGACACAGGCGCUAAGAGCAUGCCAGGCGCCUACUUGGACGACUUCUCCGACUUCGAGUGCCUGCUGGACGAAGACGGAUACAAGCAGAUGGCCAGGAGGGAAAGUAAAGAGGCCGAGGAUGACUUCGUCAUCGACAUCGGUUCGAAGAACUGCGCUUGUCAAACCGGGGACGAGCUUAUAGAAGCUUUGUUCUCGCAGCUGAGGAGGAGACGACAAGGGGAGAGAAGCGAGUCGGAUCGCGGGUCGAUGUCGUCGCUGAACUUGCAAAAACCGCCUGAUCCUGUCAAGGUCGUUACCUUCAGCCCUCAUGUUCCCCUGUCGAUGGACGAUUCCUGGCAGGAUACGCCAAAACGGAGCACUCUAAGGGAAGAUGCUUUCCGUUUAGAGGGUAACUAUGACAACAGGUGCCUGCGAAGUGUCGUGGAGGUCGAGAAGGUCGACUCGGGACUUGAGAGAGUUCCCUACCCGAGGCCGUUGAUAGGAUACGGAGAUGGACUUGACUCCCUCGAAGGCUUCGUGCAAGGGGCAGUCGGAGAGGACAGGUACGCUUCCGACGCGACCCCUAGCGGCAGCACGCGCAACCACAGCCAUCAACAUCCCCACCCCCAUCACCACCACCACCACCAUCAUCAACACCACCACCACAACAGCAUCUAUCACCGUCCUCCUACUCCACGCACUCCCCACAAGCACGUUAUAGUCAGCGGCAGUGAGCUCGCUGGUAGCGAGCACUUGUCGGGAGGACCGACCUCUUUGUCGUGGGACGGCCCCUCCCCCUCCGUCUCCAGCCAUCCCUUGCACAUGCAGGCACAGCAGGGCGUGGCAAGGGCCGAAGAUUGUGUCAGUAGCAACAGCAGCAGCAGAACCAGCCGCAGCAGUAGUAACAGCUCUAUAUCGGAAGGCAGCCCCUGCAGCAGUGCAAAGUCUGAUCAGGUGGGCGCCUCCCAGGACGACGCCCUGAUCCCGCUCGAUGUUUCUGUAACGAGCGCAGUCCUUGCAGACGAUGGGGUGGCCAGGCUCCGGCAAUACCUGCUGGACAGUAGCAUCCAGACCAGCGAGGUCUAGUGGGGCGGACACCAUAAAAAUGCUUUCCAGACUCAUCCAAGUGUCUUCUCAUGCUAAUUAUCCGUUCAUGUCAAGAAGAUCACGCUGUGAGUGACCUGCUCAUUUCACUUGGGAAUACCAUGUUCAUGUUACUGACAUCACAGUUCAUUUAGAUCAUGCAACCGCUUUGUGCUGGAGGCUUUAUCGUCAGUGCAAAUUAUUGCUAGAGCAGUUUUGUUACCCUAGCACGCACCCCUCUACAACGAAACAAAGUUUGUCAGUCAUUUUAUUGUAUAAUUGUUUAAAAUUACUGUGGAAUUCGAUCUGGUGUUAUGAUAGCUACGUGGGAAAAUCGUUGCAGGAGAAAUGGGAGGGAGGAAGUUGUGGAAACAGCCAAGUGUCGGUGAUUUCCAGAUAUUGACUUUGUGGCGGCACGAUCAUGGACUUGAUGGCCUGUAACGGCCACUGGGUGAGCGGACAUGGAGGACACGCGAAGGAUAUUUUUUUCUUGACAGUUUUUUUAGUGAACUGGGUAUCUAUCCUGUAGUGGACCUACAGAUGCUGUGUUACUGGAUGUGACCUCUGCUCGGCUGUUAGUGGGUGCUCAAGAACUGAUGUGACCUGUCUGUGACAUUUUCAAAAUCAUGAACUUGCAGGCAAGGGAAAAAGGAACUCAUAUGUACGUUUACACCCCUGCUGCCAACGACCCUAAGAGAGGAUACGAAAAAUCAAUUGCUUCUCUCCCUUCUCAGCCGACCCCAAGUGAUGGUACAUCCCCCUACCCACCCACACCCCCACGCUACGGCAAGGGAGACAAUCGGUGUCGUUGCUUAUAGCUGAUAAAUGCUAGCGGUCUUUGUACACUUUUAUCGCUAAUGAAAUGUGAUUUUGAUGAAUGGUAAGGAGAUAUCCACGUACAUCAGUUACACUCAUGUGCUAAAGCCGUGAUAGUCAUGGAGUCUGUGUUCAUUUCCCCUACAGUCCACAUUUAUAUUGACAAAUAAUGUGUUUGUCUUAACAUUCCAAGCUGCUUUUUUUUAAAAAAAAGACUCCUAUUUUAUGUUAUUACAGUUUGAAGCAGAUUAUUUUUAUAGAUCUAAUAAAUGCUAUUAUUAUUAUUUUUCAAACACACGUCUGUAAUAAAGUAGUGGUAGGUGCACUCAAGGAACUCGAAAGUUAAGGGGAGGCUACCCCUCUUCGCAGUAGUGUAGCGGUCGGUGUGUUGUCUCCCCUAGUAGUCAUUCUGCAAUGGUCGUCUCACUUCCGUCUCCAAUUUUCUUGCCAUUUCACUGCUGUUUAAGCAGUCCAGCCUUUUGGGGGAAUAUAUUUCAGGAGGUGACUUUCAAUCCUAGAAUUUGAUUUCCUUGGAGUCCAAGUCCAUGUCCCCGUGAGGCUUGAUUCACAUUUGUUUGGAAGAGGACACUUGAUAACCGAGGACUCUACGUGUGAUUUUGAAUACUUGUGUACUUGUAUACAUAUGCACGGAUACACACGCCAGAUGCAUUCCACAUGGUGUCAGGAGACGGUCUUCACAUUUUAAACAGUCAGCCGGUGGCAGGGUGAAGAUUGUGUUUUCUGGCGGAGCAGUAACAUGUUUUCUCGUAUUGAGGUUGUUUUUCUGUAAAAGUAGGCUACACAUGUCGAAAGUUUCAUUUCUUUUUCGUAAAGUGGGUCAAGCAAAUAAAAAAUGGGGAAAGUAAAUCAUGAGAAGGAAAAGACAGGCAUUCCUUCUUCACAUGUCACAAGUCAUGUUUAAUUUUAACUUUUCAUUUUUAGUGGUACUAGUUAAAACGGUUUUAUUUUAGUAGUUUAAAAAUUGAAAAAAAAGACAACUGGAUCACAAUGUCCACGCUUUUAGCUGUAGUUGUAUUUCCCUCAAAAUGACUAAAAAAUGGGGGAGUUGAUAUUGAGCAUAUGUUACUGGGCACUUUAACACCUCGCCUUUAUCUUGAGUAGCAAGGUAUGGAUAUGUUGUGUUUAAGAACUGGGAGACAAAUAUUUAAAAAGAAUUUAAUUUUGCGUAAAUCUCUCCUCUUUUCUUCAACUCUGGCAACACAAAAUGUACUUGGUAUUGCCGACAAAAAAAUUAUUUUUUUGUGAUUCCUAACUUCAUUCGUUGGCUCACCAGCAAACACGCGCCAAAGCAAUCAGUUUCCGAGCAAUGGAUAUAAAAGUGACAGAACUGCAAAAAUAACAGGAAAAAAGUGCACCACGAAAAAAUUCCUACUGCUUUCAUUGACAACACCAUUUCAAAGGCUUAAACACAAUCUUACUUUUAAACAGUUCUUCUCAAAAGUUUAGUCAUCACAAUCGGAACAAAGUCACACGCUAUUCAUUCUCAUUUGCACUUUGAAGGUUUCGUGAAGAAUGCGAACAAAACCAAUUUUAUUUAUUUAAAUACUCCAGAGUAGAAUGACAUUUCGCAAGAUACAGAUCUCUAAAUGUUCAAAGUAAUGCUGUUCCAAACGAAGUAUCAAACUUCACUUAAAGUAGAGGUGCCCAGAUCGUCUGUUCCUCAUUUGAGACAACAAUUUUUUGCUUGUUCUAUUUAGAAAAUUCACAAGAAGCAAUGUCGGGCAUUUGAACCUGAGGUUAAAGAAGUCAGCUCCCUAUGUUUCAGCGAUGAUUUAUUUUGUAAAAGGCACCAACUCAGAUCAGCAUACAGAUAGCCAUGAGCCCUCAUGAAAACCGGAAUAGACGGUUAGCUGUAUACCUGUUUCUAAACCUUAAACCUUUAGAAGAAAAUUUUGAAACCUUUUUCAAAAUUGACAUCUAUGCCAUUUAAUUUAAUUUAAUUUGUUACCAGACGAUCUGAAGUUAUUUCCUUAAAUGAUAAUGUGUCCAAUCUGCAUCCAGUUAAUUGUUCAUUGUAGUUUACAGUGAGGGAUGUGGAGGAAUGUUUAUAACUCCCUGUAGGGUUUGGUAGUUGUGCCCCCGCACGCUUGCAGCAGACGUCAUGAUCACGUGACCGUCUCCGGUCGUCGCGAGUGUCUUGACCUUAGCAUCGGGUCACAAUCACGUCCACCCUCGUAUGUCUUCACAUUUGUAAUCCUCUGAUGCUGGUACAUCUUACAGAACAUAUCACCCUGUAGUGUAGUAUCACGGAAGUGAAGAAAGAGUAAAAUAAAAGCCAAACAAACGUCGUGCAGUAAAUAGAGAUAUAAGCGAGGAGUGUGUGUAAUUGUUCCUUCUUUCAUCUUUGAUUCUAACUUAAGUAAGACUCGAGGUAAAGGCGGCAUUUCCUCGAAAUCUUAAAGCAAGUGAUCUUUUCUGGUCUCGCGAAGGUGUGAGAUGAUCACCAGGACAUCUCGGAUUUGUGACAGCCAGUCUGUUCACCUGUUUUUCUUUUAGUCCUGCCAUCCUCGGUGCAGCACUUGGAGCAACAGGCAGAGAAAUCACUCUCCAGCCUGGAGCAGUCUGUGGCAAGUCCUCAAUCCUUCCUGUCGCUAUAUUUAUCUAUUUACGACUUCAUCUUUCAUCCCAUUUUUUUCCAGUGGGCAUCGGUAGAAGUGCAUUUAUAAAAUGUUUGGUAGCCUUGUUAUGAUGUACUCCAUGUAAGCCACACCACACUAACAUGUAAUGCUGUACAAAGCAAAACUUUAUUUGUGAGCUGGUGACCGGACUGAGCUUCUCAGAUGUUGACUGAUUUACACACAUCUGUCAGGUACAUAACAUGCAGACGAACUAAAUUCCAUUCAAAAAUCGUUCCAAACCAGCUUUCCAGACCAAGUGUUAUAAACUAGUUCGUCGUUCAACUGGAAAUUUCCGUGCAAAAGCACUCUUGGGUCAGAAUGUGAGCACGCGUUUACAACAGUUCAGUUCUCACCCGGGGUUUGUACACCACACUGCUGAAAGCAAACAAAAUGUCACCUCUCCCUACAGCUGAUGCCAUAAAUCAAGGCAUUGCAAACACAGAUUUUCCCACCACCCUAAAUAUUGGUUGUAAUUCCCAGGAUGGGGUCUCUCAGCCCCAUACAUCACUUAUCUCUCCUCUUGACCCCAACUCGUGCGUCACUUGUGUGAACUGUUGACCAUCGCACGCACUUCCUUUGACUCGACUGUUAAUCACACCUGACUUCACCUGUACCGCCUAUUUAUUGCCGCCCCUACGUCACAUACCCGGUACCGCAAUCGUCACUGCUGAUCUCCACACGUUACGUUUAUAAACUGUUGAAUCCAUCCGCAUACGUCACUUGCAUCUACUGAGGAUAACGACUCCAUAGUAACUUACAUCUACUGUUGUCAUCGCACCAGUCGUUUACAUGUCUUGUUGAUUGUGAACCUAACCAUCCCGUGCAUCUGUUGCUGAUCGCCAUGCCAUGUGUUACUUGCAUCUUCCGUAGACCUCCACCUCAUACGUCACUGGUAUGCACUGUUAAUAACGGUAAAAUGUGCGCACACUGUCUUUGAUCUCUGGCACCGUUGACUGCGGUGCCUCGACCAGUGAUUUGCAAACUUUACCUGAGCAUAAUAAAAUGUAUUUUCCUCAAA